AAGGCACCCCCGACGCCGAUUCACUUCGCAUCAUCGCUGCGGCUCCUGUGCUUCACGACUCUCUCGAUUUUCGACAUCCCAAUCUCACGGACGAUACACUAUUCCUUGGACAUUUCUUGGGCCGUUCUCGUUUGCAUCGCUUUGCUCUGAUUAUCUAAUAAGAUGUCAACUAAAUUCUGCUUAAACUCAAUCUUGCUCCUUUGUAUUGCCGGUUUCGUUGUUGCCGCCGAAAAUUACAUAGACUACGGAGAUGAAUUGUCCGAUAGAACACCGGCGGAAAAUAUUCACGAGCUCUAUAAACUACUUAUGCAACGUAAUGCUUUAGAGAAUGCUGGACUUGGCGAGGUCCCGUUCGAUCAUUUAAUGAUUCGUAAAUCUCAACGAUCCCCUUCGUUGCGUUUACGCUUUGGACGUUCGGAUCCUAAUCUACCAGUAGGUUUAUUGGCGAGAUUCAACGGCAUUCCAUCAUCGAGAUUUGACAACAAGUGAAUAUGAACGAACAGCACGUUCUUCUUUAGUUUCACUUCUCAUACUAUAACAUAGAUAUAAUAAAUAUAAAAUGCCCACUUA